GAUGAGGUUUUCGUCCAAUCAAAUUCGAGUAAAGAGUUUCACAGCCAUUUUCUUGGUCUAUGAAGAACUUCGAUUUAAUUCCUCUUAUUUCGCGUUCAGAUGAAGUUGAAAAUAAGCUGUGUCGCGUUAAAUUUGUUAAUUAAGUGCUAGGAAAUCAUGUUAAAGUGGAAUCAUAAAAUAAGCAGGAAAACAGACUUUUAUGAAAUCAAAAACUAAAAAAAUAAUAAAGUAAAAAUAUAAAAUGGAAUGCUUUGAAGAUAACAAUCAUGAAGAGAGCGAAGCGAAUUAAAUUCUUUAAGUUUUUCGUAAUCUUAAUCGUUCAGUGCGAUGGAAAAAUUGGUGGAAAUUAGUGAAAAUUGAUAAAAAAGAAAAUAAUUAAAAUAUUAUUUUGUGUGUGAGCGUGUAAAAGAAGGAUAAAAUAAGCAAAGGACUCUGAAAAAAAAUUUGUGCAAAUUCAAGAAGCGUGAAAACGUGAACUUUUAUGCAGAACUUGAACGAUACAUGCGAUUUACCUUGAGUUUUCUUCAUUUUCAAUUUUAAGUUUUUUUUCUUGAGUUCUCCCGAUAAUAAUAUUAAUAAGAAAAGAAAAAAAUUCUUAAGUGACGAAGAGACAGACAAAUACAACGCUGCAACCAAACGGGAGGAAACUUUAGAAAAAAUUGAAAAUUCCACAUAUCAGCAAACAUGGCUGAUCACCUCGACGAGCCACCGCAGAAAAAAGCAAAGAAGGAUCCAUUUCAAGGCCCUUCCGAUGCAUCAAUUUACUCAUCUGCUCCAAAUUUCGAAGAGAUGCUAUUGCUUGAGACAGAACUGCCUGAUGAACUGAUGCAAGGCGGUCCAUCCUCAUGGGAGCAACAAAUGGUGACAAAUAAACCACCAGCACAAGGACCUGGUCCUGGUCAACAACAGCAAAUGUAUUCAUCACAAAUGAAUGGUGGUGAAGAGUCAAUCAUCCCUUCAAAUGUGAACCUUCAAAAGCAACAGCAACAACAACAACAACAGCAGCAACUUGCACAUCUACUGCAGCAAGUUAAAGCUAAAAAUUCGAUAGUGAAUCCUCACAUGAAUCAAUUGACGAAUCGAAGUCCAAACUUGCAAGGUGGAGGACAAAAUGCAAACGUUAUGAACAAUUUAGGUGUCGUGAGUAUGCCAAUGUCAAUGGCACCGAACAACAAUGGUACGAAUAAUAACAACAACAAUAUGUCCAUGCAAGGCAUCAACACGAUGGCAACAAAUGUCAAUCAAAGUGGCAUGAUAAUCACCAACAGUGGCAAUAUUAAUACACUAAGUGCUGGACCAAUGUCUGGUGGUGGAUUAGUGAUUGCAAACAAGACACAAAUGUCACAAUUAGCACCAAACAUGCAGAAUGGUCCUGGUGGAAUGAUGAUUCAACACCAGCCACGAAUGAUUGCGAAUCUUCUUCAAAGUCGUGCCAAUCCUGGCUCACAUUUAAUAAAUGCAACACGCAUGCAAAACCCAAACAUGCAAUUAAAUCAAAUGAAUCAGAUGAAUCAACCUGGUUAUCAAAUGAACAAUCCUGGAGGUCCAACGGGAAAUUUCAAUAAUCAACCAGGUGGUGGGGGAAAUCAACAAGUUCUCCUCACAGGAAUUCAACAGAAUCGCCUUCCGAUCAACCAACAAGUGCGUCUUCAAGGGUCGAUCGUAAAUGAUGGAAAUUGUGGAACGAUUAAAGUUGUUGGUGUUAAUAAUCUUAAUCAAUCGAUGCAAAAUGAGAAUGUUGUUGGAAUGUCAUCACAGCAAGUCGUUCAACAAGCAACACCUUCGCCAGCUGGCGCUCCACAAUCGGGUGGUGCUGCUGUUCAAACUGGUCCACAAGUGCGAUUAUCGACUCAAGCCGGCACACAACAGCAACAACAACAGCCUGGUCAGCAACAACCAGGACAACAAUCAAUGCCGGGGCCUUCUGGGAUCCCUCCAAAUCCUCUCAUGGCCGAUCCUGAGAAACGAAAGCUGAUUCAGCAACAACUUGUGCUUUUACUUCAUGCUCACAAAUGCAUGAGACGAGAGAACGAUACGUGCACACUUCAACAUUGCCGAACUAUGAAAGACGUGCUCAAUCAUAUGACGACGUGUAAUUUGGGAAAGAAUUGUCCGCGAACUCAUUGCUCGUCAUCGCGUCAAAUUAUAAAUCAUUGGAAGAAUUGUAGUCGUGGUGAUUGUCCAGUAUGUUCACCAUUGAAGCAAUCAGAAAGUAAGAAGCCGCAGCCAAUAUCGCAGAAUUCACAAGGAGGUGGCGGAGGUGCACAACCAGUUGCUGGUGGCAACUUGCAAAAGCAGCCUCAACAGAAUACAAAUCAGGGAAAUCUACCAGGCGAUAUGAAUCAAUCACAACAACAUGACACAAAUGCAAGUAGUCAAGGAAAUAACAAUAAUAAUAAUAACAACAGUCAAACAGGUCCAAAUGUUGUUACAAAUCCUAAUGAAAUGAAUCGUCCACCUCAAUUUGGUGGAAAUAUGAUUAGUGGUGGUGGCAAUAUGCGAAUGCAACAGCCACAGCAACAACAGCAGCAGCAACAACAACAGAAUCAAAUUCAAACACCUGAUAUGACUGCUGGUGGUCCAAGAAUGUCAAUAAUGAAUGAAAGUAAUCAAAAUCCAAUUGAUCGUCUUCUACAACAGCCAAGUAUGAUUCCAACAAAUCAACAACAACAGCAGCAGCAGCAACAACAACAAAUGCAAAGUCAAAUGGUGAAUAUGCUUCAAUCAUCAUCAAGUAGUGAAACAAAUGCAAAUGGUGGAAAUGGCGCCCCACAGCAACAGACAAGAGACGGUCUGACAAAUCAGCAACGAUCAGUUAAUAAUUCCAUGCUUCAACAACAAAACAUUCCAAAUCAAACUCAACUUAAUCAACAACAACAACAUCUCGCAAGUAUGCAACAAUUUAAUAAUGUUCUUGAGACUUAUGGAGCAUCAAAUGGUAAUGUCGGAACAUUACAAUCGAAUCCAAAUUUACAAAAUCUCGCCGGACCGAGUAGCGGCAAUAAGGAUUGGCAUUUAGCUAUAACACCUGAUUUAAGGAAUCAUCUCGUUCAUAAACUCGUACAAGCGAUCUUUCCAACCAGUGAUGUGUCAGCAAUGUACGACAAACGAAUGUCAAACUUAUUGGCAUAUGCAAGGAAAGUCGAAGGCGACAUGUAUGAGAUGGCAAAUUCCAGAUCAGAAUAUUAUCAUUUGUUAGCUGAAAAGAUUUACAAGAUUCAGAAAGAGUUGGAAGAGAAAAGACAAAAGCGUAAAGAGCAGCAACAGCAAGCUCAACAACAGCAACAGCAGCAACAACAACCGCAACAAGUUAAUCAAACAGCACGUUGUGGAAGUGGUGGAGCUGGUGGUGCUGGUGGUGGUGGAGUGAUGCCACCAAACUUCCAACCGAAUCCAAAUCUUAUGCCUCGUAUGCCACAUCAACAAGGUCCAGCAAACUUCCCUGGUAGUGGCGGUAGUGCUGGUGGUGGAGGCGGCAAUCAACAGGGACCCCAACGUAUGCCUUUCAACAACAGUGGACAGCAACAAGGAAAAAAUAUGAGUGGAAAUAUGGUCGUGGGACAAUCGGGACCAUCUCCAGGUUCAGGGUCAAGUGCUGGCGGGCCCAAUCCUAAUAAUAUGCUCGUUCCCAAUUCUGUAUUAUCACCUUAUGGCUGUGCAAAUUCAUCGGGCAUGACGCCACCGAAUAGCAACGCACAACAGCCGAAUCAACAAAUCUUAUCGAACCGUCCAAUGGGCACAAUGAGUCCAUCAUCAAAUGACUUUAACAAUCCAAAUCUUCUGGUGCAUGUUGUGGGUGGAAGUGGUGGAAAUAAUAUCAACAAAAAUCAAACAGUGACAAGUCAAGCGCCAUCUCCGUUUAACAAUCAACAGCAACAAAGCCAGAAUGUCUUCAACAACAGUAACAUGUUACAAAAUAAUCGAAUGAGUAGUAAUAUGUUGCCACCGACACCAACAUCUGCUGAUAUGGGAACAAUUCCAGUGCCGUCACCAUCGCCGAGUCUCAAUUCAAAUGGACCGGUUAAUGUUAGCACACCAAACACUCCAAAUGUCUCUUCAUUGUUCCAACCACUGCCAGAACCGACACCACCCCCACCACCAAUGGCAUCGCCAUCAUCUCAUGGUGGUAACAAUAACAACAACAAUAAUAGUGGAAGUGGAAAAGGGCAAAACUUUGGAAUGCGUGGAAUGGGAAAUUCCAGUGGCAGUGGACAAGUGAUGAACACAAUGAUGAAUAAUAAUCGAUCAUCAUUAAGUUCACAACGAGCUGCACUUGAAGCUGCAAGUAAAGAAGACGAUUCACCACCACCGCCACCAUCACCACAAAAUACAAAUCGUGGUAAACUUGAUCAAAAGCUUGGUGAUGGUGAUAUGAAAAUAAAAAUGGAAAUUGAUGACGAUAAAAAUGAAUCGAAUGAUAAAAUAAAAUCGGAAGACUCUGACGAUCAUAAGAUGGGCUCGAAAUGGAUGGAACCAGGUGAUAUCAAGUCUGAGAAGCGUGAUGCUGAUGGUCAGCAAUUGGAUAUGAAUACAAAUGUCAUUGGACGUGAUAGUUGGAAUGAUUUUAAAGAGCAUGGUGUGAAACAUGAACCAAAGCUCGAUGCAAUGGAUGUUAAGGUGAAAGGGGAACCAAUGUCACCUCCAUCAUCAAGUGAUAGUCAAGCGAUCGUUAAAUCAGAAUUCAAACUUGAGCCAGUUGCUAAUACAACUGAUAAGAAGAAGAAAUGCUCAUUCAAACCUGAAGAACUUUGUGAAGCUCUUCUACCGACACUUGAUAAACUUUUACAACAAGAUCCUGAAUCAAUUCCUUUCCGAUCACCAGUCGAUCCAAUGGCUUUAGGAAUUCCUGAUUAUUUGGAUAUUAUUAAGAAGCCAAUGGAUUUGGGCACAAUCGAAAAGAAGCUAAAGAAAGGCGAAUAUUCUGAUCCAUGGGAAUAUGUUGAUGAUGUCUGGUUGAUGUUUGACAACGCUUGGCUUUACAAUCGUAAAACUUCAAGAGUUUAUCGUUACUGCACGAAGCUAUCUGAAGUGUUUGAACAAGAGAUUGAUCCAGUAAUGCAAGCUUUGGGCUAUUGUUGUGGACGAAAGUACACGUUCAAUCCUCAAGUUCUCUGCUGCUAUGGCAAACAACUCUGCACAAUUCCACGCGAUGCCAAGUAUUUUAGCUACUUAGAUAGAUACGUCUAUUGUCAAAAAUGCUUCAACGAUAUUCCUGGUGACACGGUGAUACUUGGUGAUGACCCACAGCAGUCACAAACUCAAAUUAAGAAAGAUCAGUUUAAGGAGAUGAAGAAUGAUCAUUUGGAGUUGGAACCGUUUGUAUCGUGCACGGAUUGUGGUCGAAAACAACAUCAAAUUUGUGUUCUUUAUCAUGAACAAAUUUGGCCGCGUGGGUUUACUUGUGAUAAAUGUUUAGACAAGAAAGGAUCAAAGAGAAAACCAAAUAAAUUUAAUGCGAAAAGUUUGCCAACAUCGAAGCUUGGAUUUUAUAUUGAAACUCGUGUCAAUAACUUCUUAAAGAAGAAAGAAGCUUGUGCUGGAGAUGUUUACAUUCGUGUCGUCUCAAGUUCCGAUCGUACUGUUGAAGUUAAGCCUGGAAUGAGAUCAAGAUUUGUAGAGACUAAUGAGAUGGUCGCAGAGUUUCCUUAUCGUGCAAAAGCUUUGUUUGCUUUCCAAGAAGUUGAAGGCAAGACUGUUUGCUUCUUUGGAAUGCAUGUUCAAGAAUAUGGAUCGGAUUGUCCUUUACCGAAUACGCGUCGUGUUUACAUCGCUUAUCUUGAUUCAGUUCAUUUCUUUAAGCCGAGAAAUCAUCGUACAGCUGUUUAUCAUGAGAUUCUUUUAUCUUACAUGGAUUAUGCCAAGCAAUUGGGCUAUACAAUGGCACACAUUUGGGCGUGUCCGCCAUCAGAAGGAGACGAUUAUAUUUUCCAUUGUCAUCCGCCAGAACAGAAGAUUCCAAAGCCGAAAAGACUUCAAGAAUGGUAUAAGAAGAUGCUUGAUAAAGGCAUCACUGAACGUAUCAUUCAAGACUAUAAAGAUAUCUUAAAGCAAGCAAUGGAAGAUAAAUUAACAUCUGCUUGUGAACUUCCGUACUUUGAAGGGGAUUUCUGGCCGAAUGUUAUGGAAGAGUCAAUUAAAGAGCUUGAUCAUGAAGAAGAAGAGAAACGAAAACAAGCUGAAGCUGCUGAAGCAGCAAAUGCUAAUUCAUCACUUAAUGAUGACAGUGACAAUGGUGGUGAUGACAAGAAGAAAGGACAAAAGUCACAGAAAAAGAAAUCUUAUAAAUCAAAAGCAGCACAAAGAAAGAACACGAAGAAGUCAAGUGAACAACAAGGUGGAAAUGAUCUCAGCGAUAAGAUUUUCACUUGCAUGGAGAAGCAUAAAGAAGUUUUCUUUGUUAUUCGUCUCCAUUCAGCACAAUCAGCUGCAAUUCUUGCACCAAUUCAAGAUCCUGAUCCUUUAUUCAAUUGUGAUUUAAUGGAUGGACGUGAUGCGUUCUUAACACUCGCUCGUGACAAACAUUAUGAGUUCUCAUCAUUACGUCGUGCUCAAUUCUCGACAUUAUGCAUGCUUUACGAGCUUCAUAAUCAAGGACAAGAUAAAUUUGUUUACACUUGUAAUAAUUGCAAGAAUCAUGUCGAAACGAGAUAUCAUUGCACAAUUUGUGAUGAUUUCGAUUUGUGUCUUCCAUGUAAAGAAAAAGUUGGGCAUAAUCAUAAAAUGGAACGUCUUGGAUUUGAUCUUGAUGAUGGUUCAUCACCAACUGAUGGACGUCCGCAGUCAAAUCCACAAGAAGCAAGAAAACAAUCAAUUCAACGUUGCAUUCAAUCACUUGUUCAUGCAUGUCAAUGUCGCGAUGCAAAUUGUCGUCUUCCAUCAUGUCAAAAGAUGAAACGUGUUGUGACACAUACGAAAAAUUGCAAGAGAAAGACGCAUGGUGGAUGUCCGAUUUGCAAGCAACUUAUUGCACUUUGUUGUUAUCAUGCGAAGCAUUGUAAGGAGAAUAAGUGUUUGGUACCAUUUUGUCCGAAUAUUAAGCAAAAGUUACGACAACAAAACAUGGCUCAAAGAUUGCAAGAACAACAAUUCAAUCGUCGUCGUGCUGCUGCUAUGAAUUUGAGAAUGCAGGCGAUGUCACAAUCGUCAUCAUCAUCAUCGUCAGUUCCAUCGCUUUCAGCGCCUGGUGGUUCGAAAGAAGAAAUGAGUCCAGGAUCGAUGAGUCCAGCUCAAGGAAUGGGCGGUAUGGGAAGUCCACAACAUCAUACAGGUAUUGGAAUGAAACCAGGAACUCAAAAACCACCAGCUGCAGUAUUACAAGUCGUCAAACAAGUACAAGCGGAAGCAGCACGACAACAAUCGCAUGUGAAUUAUGGAAAACUCGGACCUGUGUCAGGAAUGCAUCCGCCAGGAAUGCGAAUGGGAAAUCAUAUGAAUCCAAAUAUUUCAAAGCCACAACAUGCUGUUGGUGCUGCUGGAAUUAAUGUUGGUCCUAGUGGUCCAAGUGGUAAUAUGAUGGGCGGUGAUUGGAACAGUGGACCGCGUUUCAAUCAAGCAAAUAAUCCAAAUGCAAUGCGAUCACCAAACCCGAAUCAAAUCAUGCAACAAAAUCAAUUGCAAGGAAAUCCACAGCAAAUGAUGCAAAGUAUGCCAGGAAAUUCUCAAAUGCAAGGAAUGCCAAGAAAUGUUACACCAAACAUGAAUCAACCAUGUCCAGCAACAAGCAACCCUGCACAAAGACAAGCAGUUCAGCAGCUUCUUCAAACGCUACGAAAUAAUCCUGGACCUGAACAGCAACAACAACUUCUUCAACUUCUUAAGGCGAGUCCACAGUUGAUGGCUGCAUUCAUUAAGCAACGUCAAAAUGCAAACAAUCAGCAGAACCAACAAAAUCAGCAGAAUGUCACUGGAAGUUGUAAUCAACCUCAACAACCAAUCCAACAACAACAGCAGCAGCAACAACAACAACAAAAUCCUAAUCAUAUGAUGAUUAAUCAACAAAUGCAGCAACAAAAUCAAAUGCAACAGAAUCAAAUGAUGAUGAUGUCAAAUGGACCUAAUAAUCCGAUGGUGAAUCGAAUGCAUCAACAGCAAGGAGGGAUGGGAAAUGUGCAACAGCAUCAGCAAGGGGGUAAUAUCGGUGGUGUUGUUAAUCCAAUGCAACAGAAUCAGGCUCAGAAUCAAAACCAACAGCAAUGGUUUAAUAAGCAACAACAAAUGCAGCAACAGCAACAACAGCAGCAGCAGCAGCAACAACAACCGAUAAUCAUUCAAAGACAAAUGCAAGGCAUUGGUAAUUUUGCUGGACCUGCUGGUUACAUGGCUCGCCCAAGACAACCACAAAUGGGUGGUGGUAUGAAUCAGGGUGGCUAUCAAGGAGUUUUUAAUGCCGAACAACAGCAAAAUAUGAAACAGAAUCAGCAGCAACAGCAGAACGCUGGGAAUGCUGGUGGAGUUUUAACAUCACAAUUGCAGGGUGGCCUUCAAGGUCAUCAAGUUGUGAUGGGACCACCAGGAUCUCAACAUGCAAUGCAACAAUCAAUGAUGCAAAAUGUAAGAUCGCCGCCUCCAAUAACAAGUCCACAAUCAACGCAAUCACCAAGACCAGCACCAUCACCAAGAGCACUUCCAUCACCGCAUCAUAUGGCAAGUCAUUCACCAGCACCUGGUGGUGAUCUUCAUAACCAUCUUGGACAUCCACAUCAAUCACCAUUACCAGCUGGUGGCUCGAUGGGUGAUAAUGUUAUGAAUGAAAGUCCAAUGAAUGCACAAGAACAAUUAUCAAAGUUUGUUGAGAAGUUGUAGCGAGCUGAUGCCGGUUCAAGAUGAAAUCACCCACAACGAGAUUUCAACAAUGCUUGUAAAUAGCAUUGAAAUUGUUUUAAAUGAAGAAGACGAAAAAUUGAUUGUACUUAGUCAACAAUAGAUCCAAAAACAUGUACUUACAUCAUCAUUGAUCAGUGAGUGUCAUCGUUGGUAAAUUUUAAAACGUUAAGAAAGAAUCCUUGAUACCCACUCCCCUUUUUUACCGAUCAAUGUCCUCAAUACGACCUUCUUUUCCACCUUUUGCUACUGACAGACAAAAGGAAGACAAGAAAAUACAUUCGGAAAUGUAUGAAAGAUACUCAACAAGGAUAAAAGAAAAGAAAAGAAAAUUAUAAGAUUAUGUAAAAGAAAGUUUAUUUGAAUAAGAGCAGAUAAACUGUGAAUUGGACCUCACAGUUAAUUUGAACUUGUUUCUUUUUUACCUUCACAACAAAUGAAUUUUCUUCAAAAUCUAUUUAAUUAUAUUUCUCUUUUGUGAUAAGAUGACAUAGAUGGUAAAAGAAAGAAGAAAAUUCAAAUGAUUUAUCGUUUUUAAAUAUUUUUUUAUCUAAUCAUAAUUUUCACUUCUAGAAUAUCAUUUCUUCUCUUAACGAGGUAAAAGUGAAGAGAAAACAAAUUAAUGUAUCUAAUUAAAAUAUAAGAAAUGACGAUUAAUAUAUCUCACGAAGAAGUUUUUUUUAACGAAAGUAAAAAUGAGUCUUUGGAAAGGAAAAUGCGAUCGAAAAUGAACGGCUUGGCUGUGCUCUGUUAAAAGAAAAACCCUCGUUCGAAAUUGAUCUAAAAACAAGAAUUUUUCUCGAAAAAGUUUUUUUUAUCAACAAA